GUGAUGGCUGUCGGCUGUCUGCUUGCUUCCUUCUUUCUUGCGUUGGGCUUCACGCCUUACACCAUCGUAAAACAAAAUUAGAAGAAUAUUUUUCCGGUUUAAUUUCAAAAUUAGUUGGUUGAGGAUAAUUUAUUGGUUGCUCUAUCACAAAUAUCUCGUCAGAGUUGCUGAAGACUUGAAAGCAAAAUGUAGGCUAUGAUGCUGAUUGCUGGAGGUGUGGAAACCAUGACUCAAUAUCUGUGUGCAUUCGUUCAUCGUAGCUUGGCACCCUGCUAUGAUCUCUACAGCUGUUCUCCUGUCAUGGACCAGAAGCAUCAAGUAUGGCACUUGACAGAUGGUGAUGAGAUGACGUCGUGCAAGUUGAUGGAAGUGAACCGGGCAGUGAUAGAAGAAAAUUUGCAAAGCAGUUGGGAAGUGGACACAAAAUGGACAUCGCAGCCACAAAACAACAUUAGUAACUUCUAUUCUGCUGCUACUCCGUCAUCUUCUGCUGCUACUGCUGCUUCUUAUUAGCUGAGAAAUCAUCACUUUUGGACCUUCGUAGCCGAUUGCUGAUCAUUAGAGAAAUAAGGUGUUACAUUAUGUGAGUUGAUUUAGAUCAUAAUCUUUUUCUUCUUCUCUUCUUCUUCUUCUUACUAACAAAUCUAGUCUUCUAAAAUUGAUGUAGGGUGAUUUUAGAUUAUUGAUAUCGUCAACAUUAGUUUCAUUAGUAGCUAAUUUCAAUAUGAAACCUUUUACACUGCAUUUUAAAUAUUGGAGGAUUCAGGGCAGGAUUUUUUUCUCAUGUGAUUCACGGAAUGAAGAUUCAAUAUUCAAACAUAGAAAUAGUAAUAGAUAUCUGGUUGAAUUACGCAGAGCUUGAGGUACGUUUAGACUUGUUUACAAUCUUCAGAAAUUUGUAUGAGAUUCAAAGAUGAUCAAACAAAAAUUGGAAGCGCUUACUUUUCAAAUGAAUUUCACUUCUAAUUGAGUAAUUUUAGUUGGGCUACUUGAAUGUUUAAUCAUAGAAAAUCACUAGUACCCUUUCAGUGUACACGGAGUGAUCUGUGGUCUAGUGAAUAGAGUGCUUGCGUGGCAGCAUAGGGAUCCCGGGUUCAAACCCUCUAAUUACCAAAAGUUUUUUAACCAGAUCACUCUCGUGUUAUCGGACGGACACGUUAAACUGUCGGUCCCAGCUGAAGUAUGACAGUCGUAAGGCCCAUUGACGGCUUAAAUUAUAUAUUCUGGCUGUGGGACCUUCCCGCAAGAGACUCCCCAUCAACAAAAGCCAUACGAAUUUAUACUUUCUUUUACUACGGUAGUACCCUUAUACUUUUAUAAAACACUGAACAUUCAUUGAUUGUGUUUUAUUUGAAAAUAUAAGGGUAGUAGUGAUUUUCUAUAAUAAAACAUUACAUAUCAUACAAAAUAAUUGAAUGAGGAGGUUGAUCAUACUUGUGAUUCUGACAAGUAUCUCAUGCAAAUAUAUUCUAUAGAGGAGAGUUGCCAAAAUCGUACCACUUCCUAAAUCGUACCACCUUGAUUUCUAUGUGAAUUAGAGUGAUUGCAGCGCCCACGCGGCUGUAUGUGUUACUACUCCAUUAUUGAAACAGUGGGAUAAAUUUCAGAGCA